AAGCAGAAGUAUGAAAACCAAACCCUCAAGCAGCAACAUCACAUUUCAGUUUUCACACUGAUUUACAAAGGAUAAGCCUAUAUCUCAUGACUAUUUAGACGGUUUCAUGUGGAGUGGAAAAGAUGUCAAACACCAGCAGUGUUCUUUGGGAUGUCACAACAACCAGCACAACACCCUUUAAUGACGAUUUUCCGGAACCAUGUGAUUAUGGAACCCAUGCAAGCCAUUUUCUCCCAGUGCUUUACUCCCUGUUCUUCAUGGUGGGCUUCCCGGGAAAUAUGCUGGUGCUGUGGGUGAUCCUGAGAGGUGCUCAGAUGAAAAGCAUGACUGACGUGUCUCUCCUGAACCUGGCCAUUGCUGACCUCCUACUCAUCUUUUCUCUCCCCUUCCUGGCUCACUAUGCCCAAGGUCCCUGGGUUUUUGGUGAUGCCAUGUGCACAGUGGUCCUUGGUGUGUACUACAUUGGAUUUUAUGCUGGCAUUUUCUUUAUUGUGCUGAUGAGCAUCGACAGAUACUUGGCUAUUGUCCAUGCUGUGUUUGCCUUGAGAAUCCGAACAAAGGCUAAUGGGAUUUUAGCAAGCAUGGCGAUUUGGAUUAUAGCGAUUGCAUCAUCAUUUCCUGAGCUACUGUAUAUUGGAGUUAUAAAUGGCUCAGAAAAAAUUUGCAGUGCUUAUCCAGGAGAAAAUCACGACGCACACAAUAAUGCAAGAAGUGUAGCUUUCAUUAAAAUGAAUGUUUUGGGCCUGCUAAUUCCGCUGAGUAUUGUGGGAUUUUGCUACUCAAUGGUACUGCGGCAGCUUCAGAUGGUUCGUAAUUCCAAGAGACUGGCCGUUCGUCUUGUUGUUGCGGUCAUGGUAGUCUUCUUCUGCUGUUGGACACCAUACAACAUUGCAGCAUUCCUCAAAGCACUGGAAUUGUGGGAAAUCCUGGCCACAAACUGUGAGUCAAGUAAAAGGAUCCAGCUGAUGCUGCAAGCCACUGAAGCUGUGGCAUACUCGCACAGCUGCCUCAAUCCAUUCCUCUACGUGUUUGUGGGUGAAAAGUUCAGGAAGCACAUCGCUAGGCUCCUCCUCCAGACACCAUGCAUCCAUGUGCAGUGUAUGAAGCGCUACGUGACCCGGGCUGCAGCCUCUGUGUAUUCACAGACCACAAGUGUGGACGAACGCUCAGCUGGUGUCUGAAUGCUGGAGGAACAUGAAAUCUUAUUGUACAACUCCACUUAUAAAUGCACAUUAAUUUUAUAUGUAUUGAUGAAAAAUCACAAUGUGUAUUUGCAUGCUUUAUAUAUUCCUGCAUGUAGUUAAAUAAAGAAUGCCCCUAAACUGUUCUUUUCAUUGGGGUGGUACCCAUAUGUAUUAUCCACCUAUAUAGUAAAGCUAGUGUCUAUAGCGCAUAUAGUGUAUCUUUUUAAGGUAGAUUUUACAUAAUUGAACUGUAAUUGCAUCUGAGAGUAAAGCAUGGAUGAUACAUGAUUUUAAAUAAUGCCCACACCUAUACAAGAUUGUUGUUGAUUGACUGAAAUGUUGUUUUUGCACGUCGUCAGAAAUCACCACCAUAAAUACUGGAGGCAGUAUAGUACCAUGUGACUUACUUUACAGUCUAAAAUUGUGUCUAAAAUCUAACAAAUAUACAUUACUGAUAGCUACUGAGUACUAAUGCUAAUCAUUUUCCUCCUUGUGGUUAGUGUUUCUCUGUGGAUUCACAGACCACAAGUGUGGACAAACGCUCAGGUGCCAUCUAAUUGAUGGACGAACAUGAAGUCAUAUUGUACAAUUCCACUUACAAAUGCACAUUCAUUUUAUACGUACUGGUAAAAAUAACAUAACGUAUUUGCAU